AUGUCACUAAAGCUGGUGGGGCAGUCAAUUUUGGCCAAUGAACACAUCUGGAGAACGCUUGCGCUUCUACUAGAUCUUAUUCGCAUUGAAACACCAUACCUCCACCAUCUUCUCCGAGUCUACCUGGAUGGAACAGCCUUGGACAGGAAUACAGAAGACACCUCACGACCGGGUAACCGACUGUCUCGCCCAAGCCCCCGUGAUCCUGGAACGGGUGCGAUCAUUACCCCAUCUGAGUUUAAGCCACCAGAUCGAUUUGCUCCAUGA